UGGCUUAUUAUAUAUAUUACAGGCAGCGGCUCCUUUGGCGAUAUCUAUCUGGGCAUGAGCAUCCAGAGCGGCGAGGAGGUGGCCAUCAAGAUGGAGAGCGCUCAUGCCCGUCAUCCCCAGCUGCUGUACGAGGCGAAACUCUAUCGUGUGCUGAGUGGGGGCGUUGGAUUUCCGCGAAUUCGUCAUCAUGGCAAGGAGAAGAACUUUUACACUUUGGUAAUGGAUCUGCUCGGACCAUCGCUGGAGGAUCUAUUUAACUUUUGCACGCGCCACUUUACCAUUAAGACCGUACUGAUGCUGGUCGACCAGAUGAUCGGGCGCCUAGAGUAUAUACAUCUCAAGUGUUUCAUCCAUCGCGACAUCAAGCCGGACAACUUUCUGAUGGGCAUCGGACGGCAUUGCAACAAGCUGUUCCUCAUUGACUUUGGCCUGGCCAAGAAAUAUCGCGACGCCAACAGCCGCCUGCAUAUAUCGUAUCGGGAGGAGAAGAACCUAACGGGCACAGCCCGCUAUGCCUCGAUCAAUGCCCAUUUGGGCAUCGAGCAGUCCCGUCGCGACGACAUGGAGUCGCUUGGCUAUGUGAUG